AUGGGCUUCCGUACCGGUGCCGUCGUCAGCAGCGUCGCCUUCCUUUUUGGCGUCCUCUUUAUCGCAUCGAUCUACGACUUCCCGCUGCUCUACAGCGCCACCCUCGAGCCCGCCGCCGUCGACGCCGCAGACCGCUUCUACCUCUCGAUCCACAAUGCCCCCACCGCCGUCACCGCCUUGCUCCACGGCAUGAUGGGCCUCGGCAUCGUCGGCCUCAUUGCCAAGCUCCACCACUGGACCGAAAUGGCAAAGUACUUUGACGGCGGAAGCCUCGCCCUCUUCAUGGGCGGAGUAUGCAUGUACGGCGGCGUCGUGGUGCCCAACCUGCGCCUGCUCAACGACCCGACCAACGACUACCUCCUGCUGCGCUCGGCCAUCAUGACGCAGCGCCACGCCCAGAAGGAGGCCUUCGACAAGGGCCACUCGACCUUUGCGCCGCCUCAGGGUCCCAUGACGCCCGACGAGCGCACCAGCUGCAUCCGCAUCAUCUCGGCCACCAACACCAUCAUCGCCGCCCUCCUGCUUGGCGUCGUCGUCCUCCAGACCUCGCAGUGGUACCUCGAACGACAGGACAACAUCCAGAAGGAGGCCAACCGCCGAAAGCAGGAGGCCCUCCUCUCGUCGUCGUCGUCGUCGUCCAAGGCUGCUGCCCCGGCAGCCGCUGCCACUCCCGAGGCCAAGAAGGAUCAGUAG